AUGGAGCUUGAAUCGAGAGAUCCCAUUGUUGCAAUGCCGGAACACGCUGUCUUGUCCGAUUCUACAGAGUCAUGGACGACCGCGGAUUUAUGUGAGGAAUGUGCAGCCUUCAAUAUGGAUUCUUCGAAGGAUAGACAUUUCUCAUCCAAGGAAAUGAUGUAUCCGAAAUGUCCUCUCUGCCAUUUUGUUAGCAGUUGCUCCAUAGACCAUGGCCCCGCAAUCUCGGUACAGGGUGCGAAACUUGGCCACUCAGAAGCAGACAAAAGGGAUGCGAAUUUCUUCGAGAUAGUCUCAUCGCAGUGGGAGUCUUGUUACAUAUUUCCAACAUGCCCCGCAAACACCGUUGGAAAUCACCAGCAAACAUAUUUCAGAACUCUAAGGCAAGAGUCAAUUGAUUAUAGUGUUUUGAGAAACUGGGUUUCACAUUGUGACUCAUCUCAUUCACCAAUAACAUGCCUAGGGCAUAUUGGGGAUAGCAAGCAAAUUAGAGAUCUUAUGCUCAUUAAUUGCAAUACCAGAGAGAUAGUCAAGACACCAAAAAAAAACAACUGCCGGUAUGUUGCACUAAGUUAUGUUUGGGGCAACUCAGAUGUGGUUCCAGAACCAACGCCUCACUGUGGAAAGCUGCCAAUUCAAAUGCCGGACACUCUCGAAGAUUCUCUCAGGGUCGUUCUCGAGCUCGAGCUUGACUACUUGUGGAUUGAUAAGUAUUGUAUAGACCAACUGAAAGAUUCCGAGAAGCAGCAUCAAAUUUUGCACAUGAAUAAGAUCUACAGUUCGGCUCAUUUAACAAUCAUUACUGCAGCGGGUCACGACUCGGCGCAUGGGCUUCCAGGCGUGGGAAAUCGACCACGGUCGGCGGUCCAAACUUUCGAGUUGAAUGGUGUGACCUGGACUUCGAGUGGGCGAAGCCCCAGAAAACUGGUGAAAGCCUCUACCUGGCGAACACGGGCUUGGACGUAUCAAGAGGGACUAUUUUCUACACGUCGUUUAAUAUUCACAGACGAGCAAGUCUUUUUUGAAUGCAAUAUGUGGCAGGCUCGAGAGAAUAUACAUUUCGGACGUUCUAUGUUCAAGUCUGAGUUGUUAUUUCGUAACGGGGUCAACAACCUCAAAGCCAAGGAUUUCUGGCAUCACAUUAGACUAUACUCAGGAGGAAAUUUGACCGAUCAAAACGAUGCGAUCAACGGGCUGCGCGGGUUGUUGAUGGCCUUCUCACAAUUAGCGAAUCCUGUUCAUACUUUUUGGGGUGUUCCCCUCAACGAUCCAUGUUUCAAGAAUUCGUCAUGGAAUCCUAGCAAGCGAGACGUCUGGGACGUAUCUUUAGGAUAUGCCCUUUUGUGGCGUUUGAUGAGUGAUGGUCAGAGAAGAGACAAUUUUCCGAGCUGGAGCUGGGCAGGAUGGCGUGGGGUUGCGGGACAUUACAUAUACUGGGGACCAGGUUCGUGUGAUGAGGAAUUUGCCACAAAGUUUUGGUUUAUGAGACGCGAUAGCACCCCUGAGAGACUUAGCGAAGGAAUUAUUGCCAGGAUAGCAGCGGAUCCGACAAUAGAGUCCAGGGAUUAUAAGCCAGUAUUGCGAAUUGAAGCUUGGGUGAUGGAAAUAAACGUGGGUUACUGGGACAAAUCCUGCUGGGCUGUUGCGACAUCACAACUCGAUGGAUACGGUACUUCGACUACACUGCGUUGGCAUAUAAGUAUGUCAUUACUGGAGUCCGAAACCCCAGAGCGCAACGAGGGGUUACUGAAAGGCAAAUUUGAAUGCUUAAUCUUCAGUAAAUCUGAGGAAUCUUACUAUGGCUUGGUUCUGAGAAAAGUUGAUAAUGGUAAUAGAGAACGAGCUGGAAUUGUCAUUCUCAAAUAUGGCCCACAUAGGGCUUGGUGCGCUCGCGGUUUGAAUAAAGCUUUGGAUUUACGGAACUUUUUUCCAUGUGAACAGCGGACGAUAAUAUUCCAGUAA